AUGCGCUUCUGGUGGCCGGACUGGCACUCCGAGCGCUCGCCGUUCAGCGACAGCGAGUGCUCGACGGACGACCACUCCAGUCUCGCCAGCGACGGGUCGUUCUACGACGCGUCGUCUGACGCGGAGACUGGGGUGGAUUUUGACCAAUCGCCGUCCUCCAUCCUCGAUGACACGCAACUCGUCAUCGGGGAUAGGACGGCUGCAAAUCUGAUGCGCCCGUUCCCGGAACGUUGCGCAGUCCCUAUCCCACUUGAAGUGGGACCAUACGGGAUGGGACGAGCCGACGUGGGACAGGUGCAUCCAGGGAUUUUUGGCGCCCCCGUUUUCGGCCCCGCCGAUGGCGAAAAUGGGCCGCGAACGCCGCCACUUCGGGCCACGUGUUCGGAACACGCCUCGCCCCUGGCCCUGCAAAUGCCUGCGCGCGGCGACGUCCCUGGCGCGCGCGCGAAAGCCCGGUCUCCGGUCCCGACAUUGGGUACCGUCGACGACCGGGGAGAGGCUCGGCGACACCCCGUUGGUACCGGUGAAGGUACCUUCGGGCCUAUACUUGGCUUAAGUAUAGGAGUCGCCGUGGCUUCUCGAAACGCGCAACAACACGCGCGGACGGCCACGGAUCAAGAUGGCGCAGCGUGCGUCGGCCCGUUCGGGGCCUCAAGCACACCGCUCGCCGCCUCCUCCGCGCGCCGUUUGGCUUCCCCCGCCUCGCAGGACGCUCCCGCCGCUGCCGUGGCCUUGCAGGAUGGAGAUGCGAUUGUUGGCAUACCCGGCAGGGCGGGCGUUACGCUGCCCGACCGGGUAUCGCUGACACAAGGACAAGGACUGCAGAGCGACGGCUCCCCGGGCGCAAGCAUGCGGCGCCCGGGUACCAAGACGUGCACCAAGGGCAUCUACACGUUGCGGAGCGCCCUCCCAGACGUGGGAGCGGCCCAAGACACUGCGAGCGAUGAUGUUGGGCCCGGCAGGGCGGCAAGUAUGCUGCCCGACCGGGUCCAGCAUGGACAUCUACAGAGCAUCGGCUCCCCGGGUGCCCACAUGCAGCCCCCGGGUCCAGACGCGUGCGCUACGGUUCCCCCCGCCCUCCCGCUCGCUCCGGAAGCCCCCGCCGCCGCUCGAGACCCCGCGAUUGUUGCUCCUCCACCCGGCAGGGCGGCACGCAUGCUGCCCGACCGGGUGCAGCUCGGGUCCGCGCUCGUAGCUGCAACGGCUCGCGCACUGGGUGCCUUCCAAGGCCCCAGCGACCCAGAGGAUAGCGAAAACAGCGACGGCGGGCCCCCCGACGACGACACUGCCUCCUCGAUGGACGACGACGCUGCCUCCUCCUCAAGUGAUGACGACCGGCUCGGACAUGUAGCUACGGAGCUGCCUGCCCGAGCUGGAUACACUGCAGUGGGCACGGCCCUUCCUAUGGGGAUGCACGACGCCUCUCACGAGGCCGUGUCCACUGCAGCAUCCGUAUAUGUCACAUGUUUACAGGUUUGUGACGACCAGCUCGGCGGGCAGACACCCAUGCAGCCCGACCGAGCUGGGUAUGCCUCUUCGCUGCCACACGGCAGCGCGACGCUUGAUUUCGAUGCACAAUUCUUGCAAGACGAAGAGAGCAAGCGUGGCGAGGACGACGGUCGCCAGGGUCGCUGCCAAGCUGCACCACAGCCUGCGACCGGUCAGCAGGACCCUGUGCUGGCAGUGUACGCACAUAACGCCCCCACAUUUCAUUGCACGUUGUGUGUGUACACUGCUUGCGAUAUGGCAGCGCUGGCCUGUCACCGACGAACCCCCCACCGUGGCACCUGCUUCGUGGACCGCUUCCACAGCGGGUGCAUGUGUGGGCUUGGACAUAGGACACGUGCAGCGGCUACGAAACAUGCCUUGGGCUGCCGUGACAGUCCGUCCUACGCGCCCCCUGCUGCACGUGCUCCUCCCGGUUCGUCGCCUGAACUCUCUCGUUCUCGUCCCGUGUGUGCGGUCUCGCACGAAGAGGUGGUCCUUCCACCUACCGGGACCCUCUUUGCGGUGGCGUCUGCGGCAGCAGCAGCUGCAUCAAGCCGCACUGUAGCCACAGACGUUGCCCACCAACAGAGCGCCGUACCUACCGCUCUCGCUUCCGCCGGGCACCAGCAUGUCCCCCCCAUGUGGUGCCCAUCGCUGUCACAGCGUGAAGUCCGGGUCGCUGGCAAACGCCGCCGCCUUGAUGACUUGGAAGCAGCGUUUCCCGACCUGGAUGAGCUCAUGGAUGACGCUAGUGUGGAUACAGGCCCACUGCUGGGCCGCGAUGAAGACAUGCACGGCAAUGAUAUCGUGCUUGCAGCUAGGGAUACGGCACGAUCGACUCGAUGUGGGCCUCGUCAUCAUGCAGUGGACGCAGCAGCCAUCACUACGCCGCCGACUGGUGUGCGUGUAACCCUGGCUCCGGCAGUGCGACGACCGCUGACUCCCGCUGCAUCCGGUACUCGUGCCACGCGGUGGGGGCCACGUCACUGCGCGAUCGGGGCCGCGGCGGUUGCCCACCUUGUCACUGGCGAGACGACUGUUCCAGCGCCCACUGCUCGGCCCCCACUGCCAGCUGCACCUCGACGAGCGACGACACGUUGGGGACCUCGCGUCGUGGUGACGGUGCCUUCCACAGGGCGCCGAACCUACUUACGGCGGACUUCCUCCUCCGUUGGCAGGGUGACUGCUGUGGAAGGUGCUCCGGCCCCUGUCCCUACGGCCCCGCCGCCUACGCCUGCACCACGUCCCGCAAGUCCGUCCCCAUCAGUGGAAGCGACGGCUGGUGUGGCCGAGACCGAGCCAUGGCUUCUGCGUUUCGACGGUGCAUGCCGAAGGAACCCUGGCCAAGGCGGCGCUGGUGCGGCUCUCUUUGACUCGAGUGGCACCGUGGUGUGGACGUGCUCACACUUUCUCCCCGCCAGCAGUGAAACGAAUAACACUGCUGAGUACACAGCUCUGCUGGUGGGGGUCCAGAGCGCAGUCCACCAUGGUGCCACACGAUUGCUCGUCGAAGGUGAUAGCAACCUGGUGCUGGCUCAGGUACGCGGAUCGUUCGGCUGCAACAACCGACGGCUUAGGCGCUUGCGAGGUCAAGUGCGAACGGAGUUGGCUCGCCUUGACUGGCACCAACUGCGGCAUAUCGACAGGAGCGUCAAUGCCCACGCCGACCGUCUUGCUAACCGUGCACUUGACCUCCGACGCACCGCCGUCGAGUUUGGCCUCAUUCUAGCGUCAUGGAUAGCUGCUUUAUCCUGGAUUCCUCUCCACCGGCUGCUACACCGGUAG